GGAAACGAUAUUCGAGCUAAUGUUGGUCGGAGAAGAGGAGAAAAAAGAGAGAGAGAGGGAGGAAAGGGAGAGGGAGUAGGGCCAAGAGACGUAAUUGACCCCCUUCUCUUGGCGCCAAUCUGGCGGAGAAAAAAAAAAACGUGAUUAACGUUUUUGUCGUUCAGGCAACUUUAGUGUAACCAAUCGUGGGCAUAUUGUUAUUUUGUAGCCAGUUGCGCUAGGUAGUUUGCUAAACCGCUAGCAUCGCUAUCAUUUUACCAAAUCUUGCCCCCUUUCAAGAAACCACAUAUUAGUUUAGCGACUAACAGCUAGCUAGCAACAGCAAGACACAGCGGUCGUUUUAAAACAGCGAUAUGGGGAGGAAGUCAAACAAAGCGAAGGAGAAGAAGCAGGCUCGCCUGGCGGAGAGGGCAGCCAUGGAUGCAGUGUGUGCCAAAGUGGACGCAGCCAAUAAGGUGAGGGGACAGAGGCUGGACGACCCUUUGGCUGCUUUCCCAGUCUUCAAAAAGUAUGACAGAAACGGGUUGAAUCUCCAGAUCGAGUGUAAGAGAGUGUCCACCCUCAACCCUAUCUCUGUGGAGUGGGCCUACGAGCUGACCCGGACCAACAUGCAAACACUGUAUGAGCAGAGCGAGUGGGGAUGGAAGGAGAGGGAAAAGAGGGAUGAGAUGAAAGACGAGAGGGCGUGGUAUCUGCUGGCUCGAGACACAGACUCCUCCCCCGUGGCCUUCUCUCACUUCCGAUUCGACGUCGAGUGCGGGGAGGAGGUGCUAUACUGUUAUGAGGUCCAGCUGGAGAGUAGAGUGAGGAGGAAAGGACUGGGAAAGUUCCUCAUCCAGAUACUGCAGCUCAUCGCCAACAGCACACAGAUGAAGAAGGUGAUGUUAACAGUAUUCAAACACAACCGCGGGGCGUACCAGUUCUUCAGAGAAGCUUUACAGUUUGAGAUCGACGACACUUCCCCCAGUAUGUCUGGUUGUUGUGGCGACGACUGCACCUAUGAGAUCCUGUCGCGGCGGACCAAACACGCCGAGGCCCAAGCCGAGGCCCAGGGGCACAGCCACGGGGGAGGGGGGCACUGUGGAGGCUGCUGCCACUGAGGAAGCCUGUUCCUGUUUCACCACUUCCUGGUCCAACGCUCUAGAAGCUCCCCCUCGCCCGCUUCUCUGCUCAUGAGUCAUUACUGUACACCCCCAACCUCCAAUCCGACACCUCCAAAAACUAACCCCCAACCCCUGGCCCCCUCUUCCCUGUCUCUCUCCUCUCUAUUUCCUGUCUCUCUCCUCUCUAUUUCCUGUCUCUCUCCUCU